UAUAUUGUGUACUUUAAUAUACAAAUUCUAUUAAAAUAUUGUAUAAAAUAAAAAAUAAUAAUAUUUCGAUAAUACGAGUAAAUAAUAAACACUAAUUAAACUGCCUAAACAAGUCUAACGUCUCUCACUCCAAAAAGAGAGGCAGUGCGUGAUUGUAAAACUUGCAGCUAAAUCGUUCAUCUUUAUGUCAAUUUCUUACAACAACAAUAUUAAUAUAUAAACACUUGGUAUAAUAUUAAAAAAUCGUGUAGAAAAAGCAGUUGAAAUGUCAGCAGAGAAAAUCGAAGAAAUCCCCGUCGGUGAUGAACCCUUCUUGGGCACACUGGACAUUGCAAUACUGGUGGCCUUAAUUGCAGGUGCCACAUGGUACUUUAUGCGUAGUCGCAAGAAGGAGGAGGAACCCAUUCGCUCCUAUUCGAUACAGCCUACAACUGUCAGUACCACCAUGUCAUCUGACAACUCUUUCAUUAAAAAGCUGAAAGCUUCUGGUCGCAGUUUGGUCGUUUUUUAUGGUUCUCAAACUGGUACUGGUGAGGAGUUUGCCGGUCGUCUGGCAAAAGAAGGUAUACGCUAUCGCUUGAAGGGUAUGGUUGCCGAUCCGGAAGAAUGUGAUAUGGAAGAGCUUUUGCAAUUGAAAGACAUUCCUAAUUCGCUGGCAGUAUUCUGUUUGGCCACAUAUGGCGAAGGCGAUCCAACAGAUAAUGCAAUGGAAUUCUUUGAAUGGCUAUCAAAUGGCGAUGCCGAUUUGAACGGAUUGAAUUAUGCGGUUUUCGGCCUUGGUAAUAAAACUUAUGAGCAUUAUAACAAAAUGGCAAUCUAUGUGGAUCAACGUUUGGAAGAGCUUGGAGCUACACGUGUCUUCGAACUUGGCCUUGGCGAUGACGAUGCAAACAUUGAGGAUGACUUCAUUACAUGGAAAGAUCGUUUCUGGCCAGCUGUUUGUGAUUUCUUUGGAAUUGAGGGAGGCGGCGAGGAAGUGCUUAUGCGCCAAUAUCGCCUACUGGAGCAACCCAAUGUACAACCUGAUCGUAUUUAUACUGGCGAAAUUGCUCGCUUGCACUCGUUACAAAAUCAACGUCCUCCAUUUGAUGCCAAAAAUCCAUUCCUUGCACCCAUCAUUGUGAACCGUGAGUUACAUAAAGGAGGCGAUCGCUCAUGUAUGCACAUCGAGUUGGAUAUUAGCGGUUCUAAAAUGCGAUACGAUGCCGGAGAUCACGUUGCCAUGUACCCGAUUAAUGACACCGAACUGGUGGAGAAAUUGGGCAAACUCUGCAAUGCUGAUCUCGACACGGUAUUCUCGCUCAUCAAUACAGAUACGGAUAGUAGUAAGAAACACCCCUUCCCCUGUCCCACCACUUAUCGUACUGCUUUGAAACAUUACUUGGAAAUUACUGCCAUACCGAGAACACAUAUUCUAAAGGAAUUGGCCGAGUAUUGUACCGAUGAGGCCGAUAAAGAGUUCUUACGAAGCAUGUCUUCAAUCACACCGGAAGGCAAGGAAAAAUACCAAAGCUGGAUUCAAGAUGCCUGCCGUAAUAUUGUGCACAUCUUGGAGGAUAUCAAGUCGUGCAGACCACCUAUAGAUCAUAUAUGUGAGUUGUUGCCUCGUCUGCAACCCCGCUACUAUUCUAUAUCAUCGUCUUCCAAGUUGCAUCCAAAUUAUGUGCAUGUAACAGCUGUUUUGGUGCAGUACAAAACACCAACUGGACGCGUAAAUAAUGGCGUAGCCACCACAUACUUGAAAAAGAAACAACCCGGCGACGAGGAUGUACGCGUGCCGGUAUUUAUACGCAAGUCACAAUUCAGGCUACCCACGAAACCAGAAAUACCCAUUAUUAUGGUUGGACCGGGCACAGGCUUGGCUCCAUUCCGUGGAUUCAUUCAAGAGCGUCAACAUCUACGCGAUGAAGGCAAAAAUGUGGGCGAAUCUAUUUUAUAUUUCGGUUGCAGAAAGCGAAGUGAGGACUACAUUUAUGAAGAGGAACUAGAGGAAUUCAUUAAGAAGGGCUCGUUGACCAUGAAAACCGCCUUUUCACGUGAUCAAAAUGAAAAAGUCUAUGUUACACAUUUAAUUGAAAAGGACGCCGACUUGAUUUGGAACGUGAUAGGAGAGAAUAAGGGACACUUUUACAUUUGCGGUGAUGCCAAAAAUAUGGCCGUCGAUGUUCGAAAUAUUUUAGUGAAAAUACUUGUGACCAAAGGCAAUAUGAGCGAAGCUGAUGCUGUGCAAUAUCUUAAGAAAAUGGAAGCCCAGAAACGCUAUUCCGCCGAUGUCUGGAGCUAGAAAUUCUGACACGCACAUACGUAGUUUGUUUCACAAAACGUAAUAACUGAACAAGUCUUUAAUCCUCGUUAAGUAGAAAAAUUAGUGUUAUGGCUGUUUUGGCGAAUUGUGUGUGCAUCUUUAUAUGCAUGUGAAUGAAAUACCAGAAUAGAUAAGUAAAGUAAAGUACAUCCACAAAAAAAAAACAGUAAUUUAAUGGGAAGGCAUCACAUUCCUCCGUCUGCAAUACCAACCCAUGCAGAAGCCUUUAUUGUGCCACAAAGCAGUUAUUAUUAAAAAUACUUGACUACAAUGUAGAAGCAAAAGAAGAAGAAGAAUAAGUAACUAGUUAAGAAAACUUUUAAAACGAAGUAAUGGUUUUGGAGUCUUUUGAACACGUAAAAAUUACCAAGAAGAUGAAGAUAUUUUUAAGAUGAUUUAUUUUUUGAAAACAUUUCGUUUUUAAGCAUAAUAAAGUAAGUAGACGUGUUGAUAAAUGUACGAGAUAAAAAUAUUACAUAUUUAUUUUGUAUACUGGUGUAAAAUUUAAAUAAACCAUUGUGCAAUUUAUAAAAAAGAAAGUCAAUAAAGUAAACAUAUUUUUUAUUUAAAUAA